UUAUCCGUUUUAUCACUACUCAAGACGAAUUAGAAAAUUUUUACAUGCUUCCGGUUUGGAAUCACUUUGCUGCACGACACGAUAGCAACCGCGUCCGUUGCGAAGGCAACAAAACAAAUUCAAAAUCGACACACGGCAAGCCAGUUGAAUUCAUUUUUUUAUGAAUUCCUCGACUCAAAUCAAAGUUUACUGAACUGAAUUCAAAAAAAAUAUUUCGUAAUGCCCCUUAUUUUUAUAUUUAAGGUUCAAAAUGUCUGGUUAUGUUGAAAAAAACAAUAUUAUAUUAUUAAUCUCAAGUGGAAAAAUAAUCAAAUUUAAUUUUCGAUAUUUGAGUACACAACGUAAGAUUUUGAACCGGCAUGUUUCAGUACUUCUGCUGCAAAACAUUUAAUUUGAACCGUCAAGCCACCUCACUGUCGAAGUGUUCUGUAUUAAAUUUGUAAAAUAUUCUCUCAAAUUUGGUGAAACAAGUAUUGAUCCCUCUUAAAUAUUUUAUAGUUCAAAUUAGUUUCGCGUAAAAACGAUUCCGCAAAUAUUUUGACAACUUUGUUCAGUGUACCGGCAUUAUUCAAAUGCGCCCCUGGUGGCGAGUAGCUCACUUAACAAAAUCCAAUAAGAAUUUAAGUUGUUAUUUUUGCCGGUUAUGCGCGCGUCAAAAAUGUUGUGCGAAUCAGCUGAUAGGAAUGCUUUAUUCAUGUUUAUUCUGGAUUAAAAUUUAUCAAAAUUUGCCUUAAUUUCUAUUGAAUUCAGCAAUAAAGUGGUUUUGUUGUGUUAAGAGAAUAUUUCUAAUCAUGGAUCAUGCAGAGGAAGAACCGCCGACGGAUUCUGAAGAUGACCGCACUUGGCGCGGAGUCCCAAUGGAUAUCAUAUAUCGUGGACUGGACCGAUACGAGUUGCGUCACUUCCCGGAAGUGAGACCCUCGGAGAGCCACACAGUGUUAUAUCAUCUUCCGAUAGAUCCAACAUCGUUGGACCCUCCGAAGCCUCACCGAGCUCCUCACAAGUGGGACGCCAAUAAUGUGAGGCUUCCCUGCUCCAAUCGGAGUCAAUAUCCGGUGGUGCAAGGUGAUGGCAACAGCAGUCUCGAAAGUCGUUGGGAGCUGGUGCAGAAUGCUUUACUGCAACCCAUUCGUGAUAGUCGGGAGCUGGAAGCGGCAAUACUUUCGUACAACACAAAGUACGCUAGCAACUGGAAGUUUACUGCCCUGCACAAACUGUUUGACGAAGAGCUUGAGGAAGAAGAGAGUGCCGGCUUCUUCGAACGUACAAUGCCCAAAAUGGUUCAGCUGGCAUUGGCAUUGCCAGAUCUGGUUCCUUGUGCAAUUCCACUGCUCAAACAAGGCUGUAACAAGUCUAUUUCUAUGACCCAGCAGCAAGCGGCCUGUCUGUUGGCCAAUGCAUUCUUCUGUACGUUUCCUCGAAGGAAUACUCAGAAAAAGAAGUCCGAAUAUUGUCUGUUUCCGGAUAUAAACUUCAAUCGGCUAUUUCAAUCAUCCGGGCAGUCUGUUCUGGAAAAAAUCAAAUGCAUUUGCAACUAUUUCAGACGCGUUUGUUCUAUUCCGCCUAGCGGAGUGUUGACCUUCCAAAGAAGGUACAUCAACCCUAAACAGUUCCUGGAUUGGACGAAAUGUGACGCGACAGUCGCGAGGGAAUCAGUCCCAGUUCAUAUCAGCUCAGAAGGGACGAUCGAGGAUCAAGGUCGAGGCCUGCUUCAAGUUGACUUCGCCAAUAAGUUUCUGGGUGGUGGAGUUUUGGGUCACGGUUGUGUACAGGAAGAAAUCCGAUUUGUCAUCAAUCCGGAACUGCUGAUCAGUAAACUUUUUACCGAAGCACUGAAACCGCAAGAAGCGCUGGUAAUGAUGGGAUCGGAACAGUUCAGCGAAUACAACGGAUAUGCUUCGACGUUUACCUUUGCCGGUGACUUUUUGGACGAAACCCCCAGGGAUGCCAGUGGCCGCCGAGAGUGCUACAUUGUGGCCAUCGAUGCGUUGCGCUUCGUCCAGACGGCUCACCAAUAUCAGGAGGAACUGAUGCUGCGGGAAUUGAACAAAGCAUACGUCGGAUACUCUCAUCCGCUUUCGACUCCGGCACCGGGAGUAGCCACCGGAAAUUGGGGCUGCGGAGCCUUCCGGGGUGACGCAUGUCUGAAGGCUCUGCUUCAGCUGAUGGUCUGCUGCGUACAUUGUCGUCCAAUGGUUUACUACACCUUCGGAGAUCGAGAUCUCAGGGAUCAGAUUUACGCGAUGUACACGUUUUUGGUCGACAAUAAGGUGAAAGUUUCUGAAGUUUGGCGCUCUUUAAAGGAUUUCCGUAAGCACAACCUGCCCCCAAAAAAGUUGUAUGCCUACUUAUAUCAAGAUUAUUACGAUCGCAAAAACAAAACGUCCUGCUUUAGCUUGAAAAGCCCCAAACGAAAGGAAAACACCCCGGAACCAAAGACUGGAUCUGCAAAUUCCAACUCAGAACUGCUCGAUGACGAAAGCUUGGCCAACCUGAUGAAGGACCUCAUCGAUGACGACCAAGCCGACACAGCCCAAGCAUCCACUUCCGGUUCCUCGACCGGAAGCACCGACAAAUCUAAACAGGAACAACCUUCAGAAGUCGUUACACCGUCCCCAAAAAAGUGCGGUCGAAUGUCGCUCAUUGCCGAGCUGGAUCGAAACUACUACACCGUUGGGCCGGGACCGGCGAAGAAAAUUUGCCCCUCAACGUCCCCUUGUUCGGACCAAGGAAAAUCAACACCCGAAAAACCGCAACCAACAACUGAAGAGGUUCGGAUACAAAUCGAGCCGGAGCAUGUGCCGGAAACGGAUACUGAACCUGAAUCCCCGGAAACUGAAAGUCGACCAACGGUGGAGGAGGGUCGAUCCGUGGAAUACGAAGCUGAUGUGGGAGAAUUUGUUGAAGGGACGCCGCCAGAGGAAACGCGACCGAAGCCUGGCGGUGGUAGGAAGAUAUCCGACUAUUUUGGAAAGAUUAGCAAAUAGGUAGAAGGUAAGUACGGUCUUUCUUUCGUUUCGGAUUUUAGCUGUUGACAGUAUAAUUAAAUUAUGAUGUGAUUGUUC